UUUGUUUUGUAUUUAUCCUUUCUUCGUCUUCUUUGUCGUUCCUACUGGUUUAGCGACUCAUCUCUGUCUUUGAAUAGGUUUAUUACUACCUCAAGUCGACCAUAUCUCAUCCCCAAUGGCUAUGCAAUCCGAAUAUGAAAUUACUACUCUGUAUCAAGAAGCUCAGAUCCGGUGGUUGAAACCUCCUGAGGUGCUGUUCAUAUUGCAGAAUCAUGAAAGAUUGACGCUUACACAUACGGCACCUCAAAGGCCUACAAGUGGGUCUUUGUUUCUUUUCAAUAGAAAGGUUCUUAAAUUCUUCCGUAAAGAUGGCCAUCAAUGGCGGAGAAAAAAGGAUGGUAGAGCUAUUGCAGAAGCACACGAACGACUUAAGGUGGGAAACGUUGAUGCUUUGAAUUGUUAUUAUGCGCAUGGAGAGCACAGUCCCACUUUUCAGAGGCGUAUCUACUGGAUGUUAGAUCCGGAAUACGAGCAUAUUGUCCUUGUUCAUUACAGGGAUGUAAUCAACCUAAAAGAGGUGACUUCUCCGAUAAGCCAUAGUUGUUCUGGUUCAGGGAUAACCGAUGACGAAAAAUUCGAAGCCGCAGAUGUUGGCUGUAGGGACCCAUUCGAAGAAUUAAAAGCUUUCUUUGAAUUUCUCAAAAACAGCAAACCUCCGCGUUCUUUAUCUGACUGCACUGCCAAUGACGCCGUUGAAUUUCUCCGGCGCAUGCCCUCUGACAAAGUUGAAGCCGUCGUUAGAAGCGUCAGCGGCGACACCUUCAAAAGAAUAUUAGGAAGCCACAACGAAAAUCCUUUUGACAGCCAAAUUGUAAGAACAUUCUUGAUGGAGCUUGCGGAAGAACAGACUAGUCAAAAAGAAUUUUUCAAGAACAUGCUCAGUCACCAUACCAAGGAGGAUCUCUUUGAGAUGCGUUUGAAAACCAACGAUGUUGAUAACGUUGACUCUCUCAUCAUCACCGAUGAGGACGCCAGGAAUUACUUUCCCUUCACCAACUUCCAGGGAGGUACCGAGAGCCUCAUUCGAUUUGAGGACCAGGAUGGCAAAGGAUGGCUGUUUGGCUACUCAUACCACAACAUCGGGAGUCAGUGUGAAUUUACCAGAGGUUGGAGCAGGUACGUUAAGGAAAAUCAGCUUAGUGUUGGAGAUUCUGUUUUCUUCCAACGACACCGUAUGGAUAGCAGCAAGUUCUUCAUUGGCUGCAGAAGGCACAACGCUGGCGCUGCUCCCGCAAGUUCUUCUCAGAGUGCAGCUCUGAAUCCAACAUCACCGGCUACAUCCAAAAUGAAGCUAGAAUUGAGAGAGAAACUCAAGGAAGUGGAAAUUCCUUUUCAGCAAGGAUUGCCUGAGCAUAGCAUUACAGGGUCUGACCCUAUAUUAGUAAUUUCUUGUGGUAAAAACCAAGACUCUGAGGAGACAUACUUCAUCAGCUGCAUCUAUAAUGAGUUAUGUCGGCGUGGCUUCACCACUUGUAGCUAUGAUCUAGACAGGAGCACAAUGACUGGGGAUCCGGAUACGCUAUACAGAUCACGUGUUUGUAUUAUGAUUAUCACGAUGAACUAUGCUCGUUCCAGAGAGUGCCUGGCUAAAUUCACAGUGAUCAUGGGCCAUUUAGAAGCAAUCAACCUUGCGCUUCUGCCUGUGUUUUUUAAUGUAAUUCCUGGCUCUUUUGAGAAUUCAGUACAUGCAUUCGAAGUUCAUAAAUGGAGGAAGGCCAUGAAUAAAUUAUUUGUCUACAAUGGAAAGCAGUAUAUAAAGGGGGAUGAGUGUAUGCUUGCCAAGAUUAUUGUAAGAGAUGUCAGCUUGUUGAUUGGUUUUGAAGCCGGCAGGAACCUAAUUGGAAUCAAGCUUCUAUUAGGGAGUAUCUUGCCAUUAAUACAUUGUCAUCAACCUUCAGCCCCACAGAUUGUUGGACUUUGGGGUAUGGCUGGUAUAGGGAAAACGGCUAUCACAAGAGAAAUAUAUAGAACGCAAGCUCAGAGAUAUGACCUGAGUUACUUUCUGCCAGACUUGCAUCUAAUGUGUCAAACAAAAGGGUUGAGUCAUCUGCGUGAUGAUUUCUUCUCAAAAAUCUUUGGGGAAGAAAGAGUUUUUAUAGACACAUAUGAUACAAAAAUAAGUUUCACAAGGAAUAGGUUUCUUGAUAAAAAGAUUCUCAUUGUUCUUGAUGGUGUGAGUAAUGUUAGAGAUGCAGAAGUCGUGGUUGGAGGUUUUGGUUGGUUUUCUGGUGGACAUACAAUCAUCUUAACAUCUAGGAAUAGACAAGUUCUUGUACAGUGUAAGGCCAACGAGCUUUACGAAAUUCCGAAGCUAUCCGAGUAUGAAUCAUAUUGCCUUUGCUGCCAGUUUGCCACUGAACAAAAAUGGAAGGCAAGGAGGUCAUUGAUCUCGGAGGUGUUGAACUAUGCUAGUGGCAUUCCAUUGGCUCUGCGAGUCUUAUGUUCGGCUUUACAAAAGCAAUGUAUUAAUGAUGAGAAGCAACAUCUUAGAAGAUUGCGUCAACAUCCUCCAAUCGAGAUUCAGGAUGCAUUUCGAAAUAGUUUUAAUGAACUACAUGACAACGAGAAGGAUAUAUUUUUGGACCUGGCAUGUUUUUUCAGAGGGGAGAAUAAAGAUUAUGUGGUGAAAAUCCUUGAUGGUUGUGGUUUUUUCACAGAUUUAGGAGUCCAUGCUUUGAUUGAUGAGUCUCUCAUUAGCCUUGUAGACAAUAAGUUAGAAAUGCCUAAUUUUUUUCAAGACAUGGGUCGAUUUGUUGUUUGCCAAGAAUACGAAGCGGCAGGCAAGCGUACCAGAUUGUGGGAUUCUAAUGACAUUGCUGAUGUGCUGACAAACAAAACAGGAACAGAAGCAAUAGAAGGCAUAUUUCUGGAUAUGUCUGGCUUGUCAUUUGAGUUGAGUCCUGCUGUAUUUGAGAGGAUGCAUAGACUUAGAUUGCUCAAGAUCCACUGUCCAACUUCUGAAAACGAUUGCAAAGUUUGUUUACGUGAAGGCCUUUACUCUUUGUCUGAUGAGCUACGGCUACUACACUGGGAAAGAUAUCCUCUAGGAUCUUUACCUCGGAACUUCAAUCCUAAAAAUCUAGUAGAAUUGAACAUGCCAUAUAGCAACAUGACAAAGCUAUGGAAAGGAACAAAGAAUCUUGAGAAGCUAAAUCGGAUUAUUUUGAGUCACUCCCGACAGUUGAAUAAAUUCCCAAGGCUUUCAAAGGCGAAGAACCUUGAGCAUAUUGAUCUUGAAGGAUGUACGAGUCUGGUUAAAGUCAACUCAUCUAUUCUUCAUCAUCACAAGCUUACUUUCUUGAGUCUGAAAGAUUGUUCUCAUUUGCGGAUUAUGCCUGCCACGGUUCAUCUGGAAUCUCUUGAAGUUCUUAAUCUAUCUGGCUGCUCAGAUCUUGAGGACCUUCAUGAUUUCUCACCAAACCUGAAAGAGCUAUAUCUAGCUGGUACUGCUAUUAGAGAAAUGCCACCAUCAAUCGACGAGCUCACUAGACUUGUUACAUUAGAUCUGGAGAAUUGUAAAAGACUUCAGCACCUGCCACCGGGUAUAAGUAAUUUGAAAGUCAUUGUGACACUUAAGCUGUCUGGCUGUUCAAAUCUAAGAAAUCUUCCAAUUCCUGACACAUUCUUUCUACGAGAUUCACAACGUCUUCAAAGAAAGAUAACCACUGAAGAAUAUGUGCCGUUAAAACUUCACUCUGCUAUGCAAGAAUCAAGAGAUGUUGUAGAAGAAAUUUUAUCGGCAUUUGAAUAUCUAUCAAGCAAGGGAAUACCACAAGAAAGCUGGCCAUGGGUCACUAUCACUCCGUUACCCUCAUCAAUUCUACACUCAUUGGCGUCAAGAUUAAAUGCCUUAGUAACUUUGUUUCUGUGUAAGUCGUACCUGGUGGAUAUAACUGACGAGUUAUGCCGGCUUACUUCAUUGAAGGCACUGGAUCUUGGUGGAAACUCGUUUAGCCAAAUUCCUGAAAGCAUUAAGGAGCUUCGUAAACUACACAACCUCAGAUUACGCCAUUGUAAAAACCUCACAUCAUUACCAGAGCUUCCCAGUAGUCUAAAAUUUUUGAAUGCACAUGGUUGUGUGGCUCUUAAGUCUAUAAGCUUAGAGCAGUUUCCAAGGCACUACACAUUCAGUAAUUGCUUUGCGCUGUCCCCAGAAGUUUUCAGAAAGUAUAUGAAAAGAGCUCUAGAUAGUGUUGAAGUCAUGGCCAAGGGGCAUCAACAGGAACACAACAACCCGCUUGCAUUCAGCAUCUGUAUACCUGCCUAUGCGGGUCACGAGUUCUCAUUUAAUUUUAGAGCUGGUUCAUCUGUGAUGAUAGAGCUAACCCCUGGCAUGCUUAGGUCUCUCUCAGGCUUUACUUUAUCUGUAGUAGUUGAAUUUCGGGAUAAUUAUCGCAAUGUUGCUGGUUUUGGCAUCAAGUGCAUAUGCAGGAAAGCCAGAAGAGACCUUUCACCUAGAUUAGAGAGAAUUUUCCAUUGCUGGGCUCCAAAGGAAGCUCCCACUGUUCGGAAGGAUCAUAUGUUUGUUUUUGGCAAUGCGAAAAUGCAUCCUGCUGAUGGAAUUGACCAUGAUUUCCUGGCCGGUUGGCUUACCUUCGAAUUCCAUCCUGUCAAUUGGAAGAACAAACUUCUAGAUGAUAGCUGCACGGUGAAAAGAUGCGCAGUGUAUUUAAUUACCACGACAACAUGUGAUAAGACCCAUGGCGCAAAGCGUCCCUCUUCAAUGAAUUUAGAGGAGAUUUCAAGCGUGGAGCAUCUGGCACCACCAUAUAAGAGAUGUCGUUUGAAGAGAGUUAUUGAAUCUGUUAUCCUAAACUUGAGAAAAAGGAAAAGGGAAAAUAGUGUCUCUGAUAAGAAGAACAUAUCCCAUACUAGGCCUUCAAUCAAUCCCAAACAAGUCUAAAGGUGAGGGUGCCCAUGUGACUUUGUAAGGCACCAGUUGAUCCCACCUCUAACCAUUAACCAGUUUGGGGGGAGGGAUUUACCAGUCUCUAGACUACAAACCUUGCAGAGGUUCAGCUUGAUGCCUCUUACAGGUCUUUUUUGUGGAUUGCCUCGAGGAAAUAUUUUCCCAGAAAGACCCGGGCAACCUGAAUACGCAUAUUACAUGAGCACGGGAGAGCGUAAAUGUGAUAGUGUUUGUGAAGAAAUUUAAUCAUCUGUGACUGAGAAACCCCUGUCCCUGAGAUUUACUAAACCCCCAUAGGUUUCCCACGAUGGCCGGUAAGCCACUUCAGAAAGCUAUCCACCAAUGCAUCUUGUUCAAGUUAAUGACAAAAACGCAUCCGUACUAGCUUGAAACUGGUCCAAUGAAGUUAAAACUUGAUGUCUGUUCUUAUCUCAGCUUCUGUGUGGAAGAAACAGCGUCAUGAGUCCUGUCCGUUUUAACAUCCUAUGUGGGUGUUAACGUACUAGAAGAACGCAUGUUCCAUUCCUUCCAAGAGUCCGCACAUGGAUAUGCUGAGAUUUGAUUCAUUUGGAUCUGCAUUCUUGAGUCUACCGUCGGAUAAGCUUCUAGAAACAUCAACUGAGAAAGCCAAAUGACUGUGUCUGAGGCAAGACAAGCAACCGCUGGUAAAGGCGUCAUUGAUACAGACCAGGAAGAAAGUCGUGUAAGAUCCAUAUAAGUCGUUGGUUGAUGAUUGGUAAUGCGGGAAUCAAUAUAAGUCGUGUUUAAUUAUCUCAACUCGCAAGCAUCAUUUGUAUUAUAAAGGUGAAAGUUAGUCGUACAUGAGCAGAGAUGAAACUAUAGUCAGAAGUGAGGUACUAAUUAAUACGUCAAAGUUCAAAGUAGCCGUAUGUAUGAGAAAGAGGGAUAAAAGAUAUUACUUUUGGUCAUA